AGAUGACUUGUAAGCGGAAGAACAACUAUGAAGAACGAUGAUAAAACGUUAUUUCCGGUACUCAGUCCCCGCCCCUUGUAUGCAGACCGCCGAUUUUUGAAAGUAACGACUGUUUCAGUGGCAAGACGUAAAACGAAAAGACGGAUUUAACGGCCGCAUUUUAAAACUUAUUGUCUGACAUCUGAACAUUAUGGCGUCCAUUACUGAUCCAAACGUGAGUGUCAGGUUCACCAGUGCAAUGGAAGAGAUCCACAACAAACAGCUUAAAACAUAUGGGGAGAUAAUGGACACAACUACAGAGUUGUGCCAGUCUCAUAGACAGUUUGUGAAGACAGCACAUGAUACAUGUUUAAAGAAAUCUAAGGAUGAUGAGAUUCUGUUUGAGACAAUACAAACAUUCAAAAGAGAUUUGGAAGAAAAAAAUGCAUCAUUGAAAGAGAAACAGCAUGCCAUUUCUGAAGUGAUAUCUGAGAUUCAGCAGAAGGAGAUGCAGAAAGAUGACAUUAUUCAGAAGAUAGAGAAACUUAAAGAAGAACAAGCCAAGAGAAAAGAGUUAAUCGUGUCUCAAAAUAAAGCAAACAAAGACAGACUGAGGAAUCUCCAGAGAGCCAGACUAAUCUUUCAAGAUCAUUUGGGGAUGGAGAUACGAACAAUCCUUGGCAAAACACAACUGGUUAAAGGUGAAAAGUUGCAGUUUGUUUUCCGGAAUAUCAACCCUUCAGAUCAGGACAGCGCCUACGUUGUGACAAUGGGGAUUAAAGAAGACGGAUCUUACCAGAUUGUGUCUAGUGACCCUGCACUUGGGUGUUUGCCAGUCUUGGAAAGCCGGCUUCAGGAGACCAAUAACUUACCAGCAUUCCUGGCAAAUGUCAGGAAGGAGUUUAUCUCUCAGGCUCGCCGCUAAGGUUGGAAGGAUGGAAGGACAAGGAAUCAUGCAGGGAAGUUCUUGUUGCAAUGUGGACUAAUAUAAGCUAUAAGAGGACCCUAUGUUCCAGAAUCUGUUCAUAUUCCCCUUGAUUAACUAAAAUGUAAAGCAGCACAGUUUUAAUCUAUAUCCACAGCCCUGUAACUAACACAUUAUCUGCUUUCUCAAGACUAAUAUGUAUAUAUGGAUUUACAAUACACCUUUGUGGGCAGCAAUUAUCGCACAAUAUAAAUAAAUUUGGACAUCUAACUGCAUAAGUACUGGUGUUUUAUGUGUCCUCUCUCAUUUGUUCAGAGCAUGGUCAUGCUUCAGUUCACUUAACUGUAUUCUCUUCCCAAAUCAGAUGUUCUUUAAAAGUAAAGAUAAAUUAUUUGAUUAUUGACAUGUUGAUGUAAACAGUUUUCAUUUAUUUUUCAUGUUAUUACUCAUCUGAAGUAUAUAGUUUUAUUUUCCUGGGCUUCAUUUUCACUUGUAUUAAUCAUAUCAAUCUAUUAAAACAUAUUUAUUCAAAUCUUCGCAAUAGUUGAGUUUGGCUGUACAUUGUGGCAUAAAUAAUGAAAAAGAAAAAUUAUUGUUUGGAUAUAAAAGUUCAAAUACAGUGUGAAUCCUAACAGCAUUACAAAAUAACUCCAGCAACCAGUGACAAAAAUCAUAGUUCCUACCAGCAGAGGAACAUGUAUUAUCGAACUGAGUGCUAUUGUUUUUAUAAACAAUUUUAAAGCCACGAAUAUCAUCAGUCAGUACAUAGGCAGGAACUUGAUUUGUAUUUUUAAUUCUUAUGAGGCCUUUC